AUGGGGAAAGUUUUGAUUUCCACCACCUACCUAAUGCUGGUAAGUGCUUCUAGUUUGGUUUUAGAGCACUCCUACAUGUUGAUCUCUCUACGACAAGGAGUCGAUACGUAUCCAACUGGAGUGUUCAGUCUGGACAGAGACACGGGGGAUCUGCUCUUGCUCAAAGCAUUGGAUCGUGAGGAGUUCCCAGAAUAUCAUAUUGAAUUGCGUGUUUUUGACAAGCAUACUAAUGUGGAGAGACGGUAUUUUCCCCUGACAGUGACUGUAUAUGAUGUCAAUGAUAAUGCUCCAGAGUUCGUAGGUCCUUUACAGUUUACAGUUCCUGAGCACUGUAGUGCAGGGACUGUGGUGGGAGUGGUGAGUGCAACUGACAGAGACCAAAUUGGCACCGACCAUGCGAAGAUUAAAUAUACACUCGUAUCUGGAUCAGACAUGUUUACCAUUCAUCCAGAAACAGGUGUCAUCACAACAACAACCAACACGCUAGACAGAGAGUUAAAAGAAAACCAUGUGGUGACUGUAAAAAUCCAGGAUAUGAAUGGUGCACCAAAUGGUCUGUUUGCCACAUCAACAGCAACAAUUGCUCUGAGUGAUAUUAAUGACAAUCCACCAACCUUCAUGACAUCAUCUUAUAAUGUCACUGUGGAAGAAAAUGAAAGUGAAAAACUUUUACUUCGAAGUCCUGUUCAAGAUAAAGAUUUGAUAAACACAUCAAACUGGAUGUCAGAGUUUGUCAUUACUAAAGGAAAUGAAAAUGGAAAUUUCAGGAUAGUUUCUGACCCCCAGAUAAACGAAGGGCUUUUGUACAUCUCAAAGCCAUUACAUUAUGAGAAGACCAACGAUGUCCAGCUUCAGAUCACUGCACAAAAUGUAGAAUCACUGAAUGGCAGCAGUGCCACGUGGCAGUCCAUCCCUGUGAAUGUCAUUGUCGAAAAAGUGGAUGCAGUCAGGGCUGGACUGGGACAAAAGAUCAGCCCGGGCAUUUUGACUUGA